CGAGAUACCAAGGAUCGUGAUUCAUUAAACGAGGAAACAUGAAUAACGGGGAUAUGAAGAUGUCGAAGAAUUUGCACAAUUCGAUAGGACCGACUGAAAUGACAGCGCUCAGACCGAAAUUAGAGACUUUCGACGAUGUGUUGCCAUAUGUGGGAGAUUACGGGAGAUAUCAAUGGUUGUUGCUGUUGUCGUUGCUGCCCUACACCGCGAUCUACGUGUUUCUGUAUUUCUCGCAGUUCUUCAUUACGAUCAUACCGACGGAACACUGGUGCAGGGUGGAGGAACUGAUGCACUCCAAUUUCACCGAAGAAGAGAGGAUUCAGAUAGCAAUCCCGUCGUCGAGUGAAUAUCCCUAUUACGACCAGUGUCACCGGAAGGACCUAAACUUCGCGGAACUUGCGAAGAGCGGGAAGGAUCUACGCUCGUUGGAAUUUCAGACGAACAAAACAGUGGAAUGUACUCAAUGGGAGUACAGUUUCACGCAGAUUCCUUAUGCUAGUAUCGGAGUUGAGCUAGAUUGGGUAUGCGACCGAGAUUACCUCGUGUCAUCGGCGCAGGCCAUCCUCUUCUGCGGUUCCGUCGUCGGUGGCUUUUUGAUUGGAUGGAUCGCGGAUCACAAGGGUCGUAUCCCUGCACUGAUGGUCUGCAAUACCAUUGCCUUGUUCAGCUCGAUCGCCACUGCAAGCGCGAACAGCUUUUGGUCCUUUGCUCUCUGUAGAUUCCUCACUGGUCUCGCCUUUGACAGCUGUAUCAACAUGCCACUGAUUAUCGUGCUCGAGUAUAUGGCGAUCUCGAAACGAUCUCUGGUUGUCAAUGUCGCAUUUGGAAUCUACGCCGCUGUGAUCAGCACCUUGUUGCCCUGGAUAGCGUACUAUGUCGCCAGUUGGAGGUAUUUCACUUACAUCACCGCGUUACCGUUGUUAUCCGUCGUUAUUACACCGUGGAUCCUCCCCGAAAGUGCUCGGUGGUACGUUUCCAAUGGAAAGACUGACAAGGUUAUCGAGAAACUGCGAAGAAUAGCAAGGAUCAACCGCAGAAAGCCAGAUCCGCGGAUUUACGACGCGUUCGCUGCCAACUUGGAAUCGUCGGGAAGACAGCGUGAAACAGCGACAGUGUUCGAUUUGUUCAGAUCACCGCGGCUGGCCAGGAACACCGUCCUUCUAGUCGUAUUCUGGACUGUCAUCGUGAUAUCGUUCGACGGUCACGUAUAUUCGUUGAAGCUGAUCCAAAGCUCGGUGUUCGUCUCGUUUUCCAUCGCUUGCGCCACAGAACUUCCGGCCGGUUUGUUGUUGGCUCUGUUGCUGGACCGAUGGGGACGCAGACUCUGUGGAUUCCUCACUCUGAUAAUAACUUGCGUGUUCAGUAUCGCCGAACUGUUGUUGCAUUCCAAUAUCGCUAAAUUGGUGAUGUCAGUGAUGUCGCGAUUUUGCCUAAACAUGGCGGCCAACGUUGGACUACAAUACGCGGCGGAAAUUUUGCCGACACCCGUUAGAUCCCAAGGUGUAUCGUUGAUUCACAUUUUUGGAGUAAUAGCUCACACCUUGGCGCCGUAUGUAAUCGACUCGACCGCAAUUUGGAAAGGAUUCCCAAUGCUGAUCAUCGGAACGAUGUCUUUCAUCGGAGCCGCGUGUGUCCUGUUUCUACCGGAAACUGUCGGACGUAGCCUUCCGCAGACCAUCAAACAAGGCGAAGAAUUCGGAAAGGAUCAAAGUUUCUGGUCGUUACCAUCUCAGGAGAAAUCACAAUUCGACGGACGUCGACGUUACAACUCUUGCGAACAAUAAUUCA